AUGGCUUCACCUGCUAAAGGCGAGCUGUUCCUUGGCUUGUCCAACAGCGAACUCAAGCUGAUUUGUCUCGGUGUCUUGUACAAUGACGCUGGCAAGAUCGACUACGAGAAGGUCGCAGAGAAGGGCGGCUACACCAAGGGCUCAGCCCAGGUCCUCUACCGCAAGGCCCUUAGAAAGCUGAUGGAGUACGAGAACCGCGGUGCUGGAACCGAAGCUAAUGAGAAUGACGACGCUCAGCCCAGCACUCCUAUCGCGACUCCUGCAAAGCAGAAGGGUGCUGCUGGCAGGAAGCGCAAGGCUGAUGCCCUCACUUCUGAGUCGGAUGACACCACUGUUCUCGCUGGUGCUGACGAGACUCCAACCAAGCCGAAACGCCAGCGCAAGACUCCUGCCGAGAAGGCCACUGGCAAUGGCAAGAACGGAGCUCGCGUGAAGAAGGAGGAAGAAGCUGAAGCCAAUGCUAUUACCGAGGCGAACGAAACCGUCACCAUCAAGAACGAGCCCAAGGACGAUGGCGACGACAAUGACGACGACGCCGCCACCAUCAUCAAGGAGGAGGAGCGUGACGAAAUCGAUGACGACGCUACCAUUGUGGCCGACAAGUCCGAGUAG